AUGAAUACACUGAUUACUUGUUUACUCUUUGUCAUUUUCCCAAUGACAUUGCUUCUUGUAUCAGCAAACACUGAACAAGGAUAUAAAGUGAAAGGUGCUUUUUUAUGUGGUACAACUCAAGCUCGUAAUGUUCAAGUUAAGCUGAUAGAAGAUGACUUUGGUCAAGAUACUGAUGAUGUGUUAGAUGAAUGUUUAACUGACCAAAAUGGCUCAUUCGAAUUGAAAGGAAAAACAAAAGAAAGAACCAAAAUUGAUCCUCAACUGAAAAUAUAUCAUGAUUGCAAUGAUGGAAUCAAGCCCUGUCAACGUCGUUGGAAGUUUGAGCUGCCUUUGAACUAUGUCAGUAAAGAUGGGGAAGAUAGAGCUGUACUAGAUAUUGGCACAUGGAAUUUGGAACUAAUUAUGCCAGGAGAAACACGUGAUUGCUCUCAUUAG